UUUUUUUGUAGUAUUAUACUGUAGUAUUGACAUGAUCCAGAGGACAAAUUCAGGCAAAAACCAGUGCUAUAGAAUUAUAUUUCAAGCACAUAUUAAUUGGAAGAAAGUAAGUAGCAAGUGUCACAGUUGGUUUGUUCAGGUGACUUUCUAGCUGUCUUUGGGAUGGUCAGCAAUGAAGACAGUACUUUCCCCAUGCCUCUUCAUAAACUUUUUUCAGUGAGAAGAGAGGACUUUGGGGAACUUCAAAGCACUUCCAGGACAGUAGUGCAUAAAUGUUAACCAGGUAUUUCUGAAAACUUUCAGGAGUACUGACAGUUCCUGGGGUGGGUGUACUAUUAUAUUAGAUGCUCCACUUUUGUCUCUCCGCUAUUUGCUCUCUAAAAAAAACACUCUUCAGUAGAUUAUGUCAGUGUUUUGGCCAGGACUUGAUGUGUUCCUAACUACUAAUGGUGUUCUCUGCAGGUUCUGGCUUUUUAGUGUUUCAAAUGGCAAAGGCAAUUCAAAAUGCUGCCCUGGUGAGUGGCAGCUUUUUUAUUUUUUCCCCUUUUAAAAAUUGUUCAUUCUAACCUCCUGCUUAGUGUUUACCUUUGUAACAAUUAAACUUUUGUUGUUGUUGAAAGUGAAUGCCAUUUUGCCUUGCUUAGGCUGCAGCUAGGUGUAUAGAACAGAUUUUUUGGUGUCAGGAUUUUUAUGCAUCCAGGCUCUGCACAUUUUAAUGCUUCUAUUGCUGAAAUGUAUUUGGGACAGUGAAUUUUUUCCCAUCCCUGCCUAUGCAAUGUGUUACUGUGGCCUAAUCUCACUACAGCUUGUGAGAACUUUUUAUUAUAUAUAUAUUAUAUAUAAAUUGCUACCACUAACCAAGCCACUGUGCUUUUAGCAAAGUUUUUCUGUAAUUGUCUUUUCAUCAAUUACGUGAUCUAGAACAACAGAGCAUUACUGUCUAACACUGUCAAUAGAAGAGUCAACUUUUAUCCUGGUGUUAAUCUGCAGAACUUGUGUAGGGAAAUUUGGUCUUUUGGUGUAUUUUGUGUAUAUUUUGGUGGUUUUGGUGUAUGCUCUGGGGCUCUGGAUAACCCAAAAACUUUUCUGUAGACUGCAGAAGGAUCAGCAUUAACUGAUUGCUAAGGUGCCCCUGUCCCUUAGAAUGUGCAAUCUAUUUUGAUAUGUACAAGAUGAUGGUGUCUUCUGAAUUUGCUUCUAUUUUACUGGUUAGCUUUCUGGAGUGCCUCUUUCUAAAUCAAACAGUUCCAUCAUGUCUGAAAAUGAACUGUGUUUUUCUUACUGCUCUUCCCUCUGCCAGUACUUAAAUCUUGGGCUAGAGACUGGAACCUAGCAAAAGCAGAUACUGAAGCAUGUGUGUGGAUAACUAGUGGUGUGAUGUAUGAAACAGGCUCAUCAUCAUCUCCAGAGAUGUCUCUCUUCCCUGCAGCAGGACUUAACAAAAGGAGGAUAGAAAUGGAUGAGACAGUGUAUUAGAAAGACAUGGACAGGAAGAAAGAGAAGAAAAUUUCCUGAGCCAUCUUCAAGAAAAGAAGACCUGGAGAAGAAAGUUCUGCCAGGACAUGUGACAUGCCAGGAACUAUGCGAUAUCCUAUCCUACAUCUGGUGCCUGGUGUGGACUGGGGCAGGACCACAGAGGAUUCAGCUGCAUAGCUCUGUGUACAGCUCCCCUGAGACCAGGCUGAUUCUGCUGGGAGGACUUCAGAAAGAGGUGUGAAGAAAACCACUGCCUGCAAGGCCCCUGGUGUUGUAAGUGCUUUUUGCACACAGGCUGGUGCAGACAGCCAAGUGCUGCAUCUCUGCUUUGGAGGACUGGGGUGUAAAUUAGCUCCAGUUCAGCUUCUGCAUUGGUGCAGCUUCCAUUUGGAAAUCUCCAGAGUCUGCCCUGUGACUCUGAGACCUCAGCUGGAUGCUUUUCUACUCCUUCUCAUCUUACCUCAACACCUCAAGACAUCUCUUUCAAAAUCAUUUGUCAUUUGAGCUCUGCUGUGUGACAGAUGCAGGGGCUUUAAUCCAGGAUGAAUGAAUGCUACUAUGACAAGCGCAUGGACUUCUUUUAUAACAGGACAAAGACGGACACAGCGGAUGAGUGGACAGGACCACAGCUCAUUGGUGUUCUGUGCUUUGGGACGUUCUUCUGCCUCUUCAUUUUCAUUUCAAAUUCAUUGGUCAUAGCAGCUGUGGUGAAGAACAAGAGGUUUCAUUUUCCCUUUUACUAUCUUCUGGCCAACUUAGCAGCUGCAGACUUUUUUGCUGGAAUCGCCUAUGUCUUCUUGAUGUUCAACACGGGCCCGGUGUCUAAGACACUGACAGUUAACCGCUGGUUUCUGCGUCAGGGUCUCCUGGACACCAGCCUGACAGCGUCCCUGGUGAACCUGCUCGUCAUCGCUGUGGAGCGCCACAUGUCCAUCAUGCGGAUGAAGAUCCACAGUAAUCUCACCAAGAAGAGAGUCACCUUCUUAAUUACAUCAAUUUGGGCCAUUGCUAUUUUCAUGGGUGCUGUUCCGACGUUGGGUUGGAACUGUCUCUGUGACAUUACUGUCUGCUCAUCCCUGGCACCCAUUUACAGCAGAAGUUACCUGGUGUUCUGGAGCGUCUUAAACCUGGUUGUCUUCUUUAUUAUGGUGGUGGUUUACAUAAGAAUCUACAUGUACGUCCAGAGGAAAACCAACGUCUUGUCGUCACACACUAGUGGGUCCAUUAGCCGGAGGAGAACCCCUGUGAAGCUUAUGAAGACUGUCAUGACUGUCUUGGGUGCCUUUGUUGUCUGCUGGACCCCUGGCCUGGUCGUCUUACUGCUUGAUGGCCUGAACUGUACUGACUGUGGGAUUCAGAAUGUUAAAAGGUGGUUUCUUCUCCUGGCCCUGUUGAACUCUGUCAUGAAUCCAAUAAUUUAUUCAUACAAAGAUGAUGAGAUGUGGGCUACCAUGAAAAGGAUGAUUUGCUGCUCCUCUGAGGAUAAGAGCCAGGAGAGACGCUCAUCUCGGAUCCCCUCAACAGUUCUCUGCAGGAGCACGGAUAUCUCGGGCCACUACCUUGAAGAUGGCAUUAUUCAAGGGACAAUUUGUGGAAAAGGAGAUCUUGGUGACAAAGGAAACUCCUGAGCUAUGCAAGGGACUGACUUGGCUGGAAAAGCAGAGGGGGAAGGGAGAGGUUUUGUAAGAGGAGAUUGACUGGCAAAGCUAGUAAACAAUAUAUCCACUUUGUUCCAGAGCCUCAACUCCAGUGUUAACAAAAGUUCUUAUAAAUAAUUGCCUGAUGGAAAAACACUUUGUAAUGAAGAAAACUUUCUGUGCUGCCAUCCUUUUUGUCUUUCAAGUACAUGAAAUUGUUUCUUCAUGUGAAUGGAAUAAAUACCUCUCAGAGACUUCUUGUGCAUGGAAACAAAAUGUAAGCAAUAUGGAGAGACCCUCCUUAAGCUCCUGCAGAGAGAAGAAACCUGCCUGACUCUGCAGGUUUGGCAUUCAUUGAGUAUUUAUGCUUUGAUUAGUUUCUGUGCAUCUUGAGGAGGAUGACAGGCUUGGUUGGACAGAGUUGUGACCUGUUUUCUUGGUUUGUGAAGUUCAUGAAACAGUUCAUGCUUACCUCUUCUCUUCCUCCUUAUCUUGCUUUCAAAAUAAGGUAGUUUGAUAGUUUACUAAAACUAUGCCAGAAACCUGGCUGUGAUGAGAGACCCAGACCAGGCAUCAGUGUGUGUGGGUUUGUCUGACCAUGGAUUGUCAGGAUCUGAGAGUACAGAAAGCACAAAAGCCAUUAUUUCUUCCAUAGUGGGGUGAAUGCUUCCAGAAAAGACAAUGCACUCUCUGCUGCUGUUGUGUAGGCAGGCAUUGAGGGUGGAUUAACAGAAAAGCUCAUUUCUUCCUUCCCUAGAUAACAUCAAAUGGGUGUGCUCACUCCUCUUUACCUGCUAUGCCACUGAGAGAAAUGAGAUCCAAAGCUCUGGUUUACAAAGGAACUUUUAAGGGAAGUUUAAAUACCCAUUUGUCCAGGUUCAAUCAAGCUAUUUCAAAUAGAAAUUAAUUUAUGGGCAAAAAAAGCCUGAAAUCAAUUUAAGCCCCUACCAUAGUACAGUAUGCAUUGAUUGUUGGACCUUGUCUGGACCACAUUUCUCCUCCAAUUUGCAAACCGAUCUUACUGGAACAGGUACUUGAGGAAGAGCCCAUGGAACAGCGAGUGAUGGAGGGCUUUCAGCAUAGUGACUGAUCAAAUCUAGUGCUGGUGCAGCCACAGCCCAAACAGCUGCAGUUCUGGCUUAUGCACUAUGCUCUAACAAGAGAGUCCAGCAAUACAAAGCUCUAGGGUAAAGUUCUUAUUUUUAAAAUUUCAAAUUAAAAACUGGAUUGUAGAUUUCUCAGUAGUCUAAAAAGCUGGUUCGUGCUGUCUGGUUUCAAAGGCAGUGAACUCCCUGUUGCCAUUUUAACUUCAAGGGGAGUUUCCUGUGUUGUCUCCUAGAGAAAGUCUGAUCCCUGGUAUUAAGGCAAGUGACCACAGCCAGAGGUCACUUUGAAAAGUUUUGGAAGAUUUGGCCACUUGGAAUUACCAGAGAACAACACCAAGAGCCAACACCAAGGACAUAUUUUAUGAAGCUGAAAGAUAAAGCUGAGCUGCAGUUUGGCCAAAUUCUUCCUUUGGUGCCACUUGCAUGUGGAUAUCUGGACUGUGUUGGUCAAAACAGAACCAGCCCUUGGCUCAAAGGCUGAGCAAGGGGUUUGCACUGGGAGACUUAAUAGCAGCCCUUAGCAUAUCUUACAAGCACAACAAGGCCCUGUUCAGAGAGCUGUCCUGUAACAUGCAUUAUCUUGUAGGGAUGUGGCCCAGUAUUCAAGGUAGAUGGUGUAUUUGAGUAAUGCUAAAAAUGUUUACACGUUUUUUGCUAUUAUAAUGCAAUUUUUUUGUGCAAAUACUACUUCACUGCUUUGGUGUUCUGAAAAGCGUGUAAAGUGGUGCUUUGUAGGGGCAGUGGUGUGGUGGGUUGAGCCUGGCUGGAGACCAGGUGUCCACCAAAGCUGCUCCAUCACUUCUCUCCUCAGCUGGACAGGGGAGAGAAAAUAAAACAAAAGGCUCAUGGGUCAAGAUACGGACAAGGAGAGAUUGAUCACCAAUUCUAGACUUGACUUGGAGAAAAAUUAAGUUAUUACCAAUCACAUCAGGGUAGCAUAAUGGGAAAUAAACCCAGAUCUUAAUACUUUCCUCUCAUCCUCCGUUUUUCCUGGGCUUAGCUUUAUUCCUAAUUUUCUCUAUCUCCAUUCCGUAGUGGUGCCAGGGGGACAGGGAAUGUGAUUGGUUCAUCAGUCAUUGCCACUCCUUCCUCAUAGUGAGGUUUCCUCACACUCUUCCCUCUCCUUUGUGGGGUCCCUCCCACAGGAGACAGUUCUCAAAUUUCUCCAACAGCAUGGGUCUCCCAUGGAGUCACUCGCCAGCAAACCUGCUCCAGCAUGGGCUUUCCAUGUGCUCACAGCCUCCUUUGGGCAUUUGUCUUCUCCAGUCUGGGAUCCUCCACAGGCUGCAGGUAGAUCUUUGCUCCACCAUGGGCCUCCACUGGCUGCAGGGGAAGCUCAGCUCUGGCGCCUGGAGCACCUGCUGCCCACCUUGGUGUUGUCACAGUUAUUUCUCUCACACAUUCUCACUCUCCUCUUCUGCUGCAGUCACACAGGUUUUGUUUCAUCCGUCUUAAGUACCUUGUCCCAGGUCCCUGCCACUGUUGCUGAUGGACUCACUUUUGGACAGGGGUGGGUCUGUCCUGGAGCCAGCUGGCAUUGGCUCUGUCAGACAUAGGGAAGUCUCUGGUGUCUUCUCACAAAAUCCACCCCUGUACCCCCUGCCCCAUGCUGCUACGAAAACCUUGCCCUGCAAACCUGCCCGUGGUUGCCUUGCAAAGGCACAGCAUGCAAGCACCCCUGUCCCCACUGCUACUGCAGCACACAGUUUGUCUGAACUAGGCUGGAGCUCUGUAUACAAACCUAAUAGAAAAUAAAAUGGUACUUCAAAAUGAAA